CAGGCCGGAGAGGGACGCCGAGCAGAAGGCGCUGGGGAAGUCCGGACUCAUCUCGAAUCGGGCUGUUGAGGAACCUGAAAGCAAGAAGCCUUAAGACUGGAGGGAGCCCUGGCCCCACUGGCCUUUACUUUGCACAAGGUUUUAAUUUGUUCUAGUCAACUGUUCAGCGAUUUUUGAGCAAAAAAGAUUCUCUGGCCUGCAGCAUGAUUUUGGGUUGAUGUGAAAAGAUUAAGAAAUUAUGAGUCGAGGAUCUCAAGUUCACAUUUUUUGGGGUGCUCCAGUUGCUCCACUGAAAACAACAGUGUCACAGGGAACAAGUUCAUUAAUAUCCACUGCCAACGCCUGGGAAAAAGUCCGACUCUUUUACAAACAGCAUUCUUUGUAUCUGAAGGCUAGAAAUCAGGAGUUUAAAAAUCUGGAAGAUUGUCAAGUCCCUGAAGGUCUUGGCCAUCCAGGCCUUCUUAGUGGUCACCUUUUAACGACUUCUUUGAGUAGGUCUGCUCAGGUGGAAGAAGGCUUUAAACAUUAUGCUUCUGAAGCACAGAGUGUGAAAUCCCAGAUUAACCUGAGUGAUGUGACUAGUGUACAAAUAUGUGGGCUUCAGGAUGGAGUUCAGCGUUUACCUGAAGAAGAAAGAUAUCAAAAGCUUCAAUGUGAAAGUAAGACAAUUAUAGAUGAGCAAUUUAAAAAUCAGUCAGAUCCCAGUGUUUGGAACUUCCAAAGAGAUUUGUGUCAGUUGGAUGGUGAGUGUGCAGCUGAACUGGAUCUGAGCUGUAGUUCUGAACAGAUAACUACAGGGCCAGAGGCUGUGAAAACAAAGCCAGAGCCAACAGGACAGCAUGAAAGAGAGAGUCAGGAGAGCUUUUCCGCUGGCACGCAGUGUGAACCACAGUCCGGGAGAGCAGUCAGGAAGGCCUCAGACCAGGGACUAUCUACUGACGCUGAAUUUCUCAGGGUAAUGACCUCCAGCCAACUCGCUUUUCUAGCUCAAGGGAAUGGUAAAGGUCAAGACUGUAUAAAUAAGAGGACUGUAAACAUGGAGGCAGAACCGACAGGAAGUCAGGGAGUCAGACUAACUGAAGGGAAUUUUAGUAAGCCUGGUGGAGAUUUUGAAGAAGGAUCCGAAAAUGAGCAAAGCCAAGCAUAUUCCCUGGAACUUUUUAGUCCUGUUUGUCGUGAAUCAGAAAGCAGUCACAUUCAUAUAAGCCCUGGAAAAAGUCUUGAAAAUACAAGCUCUCAAGAGCUUUUCACUAAUGAAGAAAACUUGCCACCAAAUGAGGUACGCAUUGAGUUGUGUAGCUCAGGAAUGCUUAGUCGGCUAAGCAACUUGCGUCAAAGUACUGCUAAACGGAGCCUGUGCUCUAAAGACAAUUCCCAUCAUUCUAAACCUCUCUCUGAAGACCAUCAGGUGUCCAAGAAGCCAAGGAUGGACUCUAAUAUAAGAGAAGCAGCCAAAGCAGUGCCCCAGAUGAUCAAGUCUGAAUUUAAGGACAGUAAAAAAAUAUCAUUAAUAAAAAAUUGUGAUUCUAAAAGUCAGAAGUAUAACUGCUUAGUCAUGGUGCUAACCCCAUGUCAUGUGAAGGAAAUAAAUGUAAAAUCUGGACCAAAUUCUGGUUCUAAAGUGCCAUUAGCAACAAUUGUAGUAAUUGAUCAGUCAGAAAUUAAGAAGAAGGUUGUUCUGUGGAGGACUGCAGCGUUUUGGGCACUUACAGUGUUUCUUGGAGAUAUAAUUUUACUUACAGAUGUUGCUGUUUAUGAGGAUCGGUGGGCUGGUGAGACAGUACUCCAGUCGACAUUUACCAGCCAGUUACUAAAUCUUGGAAGUUAUUCAUGUGUCCAGCCUGACAAAUAUUCCAAUGUAAUUGCCAAUGUUAUACUUCAGGACUUACUGGCAUAUGUGUCUUCAAAACAUUCCUAUCUCAAAGAUCUGCCUCAAAGGCAGCCUCAGAAAAUGGACACUGUAGAGUUUGUGGAAUUGGAGCAGUUGCAGCCUGAUACAUUAGUCCAUGCAGUACUCAGAGUAGUGGAUGUCACUGUAUUGACAGAGGCAUUAUAUAGUUAUAGGGAACAGAAGCAAAGAAAAGUUGUGUUAACAGUGGAACAGGCUCAAGGUCGACAUUAUGUGCUUAUAUUAUGGGGUCCUGGAGCAGCCUGGUAUACUCAGCUUCAAAGGAAAAAAGAUUGUAUUUGGGAAUUUAAGUACCUUUUUGUUCAGCGGAACUGCAUACUAGAAAACUUAGAAUUACACACGACACUAUGGUCUUCCUGUGAAUGCCUGUUUGAUGAUGAUGUAAGAGCAAUUUCAUUCAGAGCAAAAUUUCAGAAAAAUACAUCCUCCUUUGUCAAGAUAUCAGACUUAGCAACUCAUCUAAAGGAUAAGUAUUCAGGAGUGGUUCUGAUUAAAGCCAAGGUUUCCGAGCUGGUGUUUUCUGCUGCAGCGGCUCAGAUGAUAGCUCUGAGUGCUCACAGCACUCUGAAGAGCAUCUUCUCGUCUCUUCCUAAUAUUACCUAUGCUGGCUGUGCACACUGUGGGUCGGAACUAGAGACAGAUGAGAACAGGAUCUACAGACAGUGUCUGAGCUGCUUGCCGUUAGCUGGGAAGAAAAUGUUCUAUAGGCCGGCUUUAAUGACCAUAGUUGAUGGAAGACAUAGUACUUGUGUCCAUGUUGGGUCAAAGAUGAUGGAGCAGAUUCUUCUCAACAUUUCUCCAGAUUGCCUCAACAGAGUGAUAGUGCCUUCCUCAGAGGUCACCUUUGGCAUGGUUGCUGCAGACCUGCUCCACUCCUUGUUGGCAGUCCGUGCAGAACCUUGUGUGAUGAAGAUCCAGAGCCUUUUCGAGUUGGAUGAAAACAGCUACCCACUGCAACAGAAUUUCUCCCUACUAGAUUUCUGUCCUGACUCAUGUAAGAUGUGGAGCCCAGGACUUUCUUUAAGGCCAGAGGAGGACACAGGGGGCAUUCCUAGGAAGGAGUGACGAAGCAAUCUGUCUUUUGAAGAUGUAUUUAUUUUUAUUAUAUGUAUAUAAGUGUUUUGUCUGUGUAUGUCUGUGUGUCAUGUAUGUACUUGGUGCCCACAGAGGCCAGAAGAGGGUGC